GGACAGGCGGCGGCGGCGGCGGCGGCGGAGCUUGCGUCACCCGCAGUGUGGGUGACGUUGUUGCCGGUGGGCUGACGCGUUGUGGACGUCCGCCCCGACGCGCAGCGUCUCCGGAACGGGGAGUCCAACAAGUUACGGAGUCCGCGAGCCGUGCGGCGACCGGGCGCGCUCUUUACUUGACCACAUAUUAGGCGCUCCACGCCACAUGUAUUUAUUCAUAGGCACGCGGUACGAGCGGCAGCGGCGUUGUUGUUGUUGCUGCGUUGCUUACCCAUGUUGUUGCGUUUUAAGCUGUGCGCAUGGAUGAUUUUAAAGGCUGUGGGGGGACCUCGAUUGCGAUCCGGAGCAGUCUUGUGUGCAACGUCCGCCGUAGCUUCUUGCUCGCCGCUGUAAUCUCGCGUUAACUAAAUAAUAAUAACAACAAUCUUUCGUCGCGUUCGUCAUGGACGCAUCGGCAGGGUUCUAAUAAUAUCGCGCGGGGCGGCGGGGUUUCAAUGAUCGUUCAGAUCCAGACGUCGUCGCGCUGAUCAUCGCAAUGAUGUGAGCAGGAGGAAGAGCAAGAGGAAGCACUUCAAGCCUCCUUAAGACCAAACAGUAGAUGCAUUCUCGGAAGGGGGAGAUCUUUUGUUGUUGUUGUUGUGGUGUUGUUGAUCUGGUCCGUGCAACUGCGUGCACACAACACAACAGUGUAAGCGUCGAGGAUUUUUUUUGUCUCCUCGGCGUUUAUCCGAGAUUAAUCAUUAAUCACACCUCGAUCAUCCGAAGCAUCGGCGAAUAAGCAAGUGGCGUAGUGGUGUUAAUCGGCAAGGACGUACAGGAAUCAACAUCCCCCCCUCUUGUUGUUGUUGUGGUGGUGGCGGGCGGGCAGCCCGUGACCAUCAGGGGGCUCUGAAUCUGGCAAGAGAGGACCCACGACGACUGUUCAGCCUGGUAAAGAGCACCAGGCAAAGAGGAUUUAAAGGACGAAGAACUCCCUCCCUCCCCCCCACCCCGGGGUGUCAGGAUCUGUGUGAAGAAGAGGGAGGAGGAGGAGGAGGUUAGGGGAGAGGGGUGGUGGAGCCGGGCAUCUCUUACCGCUGCGGUAGAGCAGAGCCAUCUGGCCAUAGUGGCCAUCUGGCCAUUGUAGCCCCCCACAUCUGUUUGGGGAGGAGCAGUUCGGCUCUGCCGGAGAGACCUGGGACUGUAGUGGGGGGGGGGGGGGGGGAUGGGGAUAGCUGCUGAGUACCACGGACUCGGAUAGCAUCGUGGUGAGAAGAUAAUCUUUGUGAAGAGGACAAAGGCCCGGGGAGAAGCCGCCAUCCCCUGGCUACCGCCGUGGAUUUGUGACCGUCUGGAACGUGCGGAGACGGACCCUGGAGCAAGACCAAUCGUCCCCCCCCCCCCACACACAAUCUCGUGGAGUGGCCGAGGACGCGGAUCGGACGGUUGCUGGUAGUGGAGUUCCUGGAGGAAGCGGUGUUAGAGGAAGUGGAGGUGGAGGAGGAGGAGCAGCAGCAGCAGACGACACAAUGGCGGGCCUGCUGUGCCGUCUGCUUGCCGCCGCCUUGCUGAGCCCCGCCGCGUGGCCCGGCGCCUCCUCGGCCACCGACAAGGAAGAGUCGUGGUACACGGCCUUUGUGAACAUCUCCUACGUGGAACCCGACAGCCGGGAGCCACGCUCGGAGCGCACAGAGUGCGGCCGCUACGGGGACGACUCUCCCAAGGUGGAGGCCAGGGGCAUCUUGCUGGCCCCCACGGGAGACCGCUCGGCCUGCGACCCGGCCACCACCCGCUUCAAUGUCCCGGUGCUCCCGCCGUCAUCGGCUCAGCAGCUGCAGCAGCAGCAGCAGCAGAACCAUGGACCAGGGCAACGGCUGCGGGCAGGUAGCGGUGGUGGUUCUAAGGCUGCCCCUGUGCCAUGGGUGGCACUGAUCUCCAAAGAGAACUGUUCGGUGCGGGACAAGAUUCUGCGCGCCAUGGCGUACAACGCCUCAGCUGUGGUGAUUGCCAACGGGCCCGGCACGGGAAACGAGACCACGGCCAUGCACCACAAAGGACAGCCAGUCCAGUACAUGGGUUGUCUUUUCAUUGAAGUCCAUUACGAUGUUGAUAUCGAAGACACGGGCGAAAUCGUGGUCAUCAUGGUCACGGAACUCAAGGGGAGAGAGAUGAUGUCUCUGCUCGAGCGAAACAUCACGGUCAUGGUGCACGUCACGGUGGGCACGCGCAACGUGCAGAAGUUCGUCAGCCGGACGUCGGUGGUGUUCGUCUCCAUCUCGUUCAUCGUGCUCAUGAUCAUCUCGUUGGCGUGGCUCGUCUUCUACUAUGUCCAGAGGCUACGCUAUGCCAGCGCGCGCGACCGCCACCAGAGGAGACUGGGAGAUGCUGCCAAGAAGGCAAUGACUAAACUUCCACUGAAAACCAUCAAGAAAGGGGAUCAGGAAACGGAACCUGACUUCGACAACUGUGCAGUUUGCAUUGAAGGUUACAAGCCCAACGAUGUAGUACGGAUAUUACCUUGCAAACACCUGUUCCACAAAGCGUGCGUGGACCCCUGGCUGCUGGACCAUCGCACGUGCCCCAUGUGCAAACUCAACAUCCUCAAGGCUCUGGGCUUCCCCACGAGUCCUGAGCCGGGGGAGGAGCUCCCUCCGCCGGCAGUGGGUGUGUCCGCCAUGGCGGCGCUGGCAAAUCGCAACGCGCACGAGGGCGGGGCGGCGGGCGGCGGGGCGAUGGCGGGCAUCGGCAGGGUGCACGGUGGUUACGUCGGCCGAGGGAUCGGCGGCGGAGGAAGCGGCGCCGGCUCGGGCAGCGACAGCAGCCUCAACCUGGAGCCGCCGCAAUACGAAGAGGUGGUGCAGGUGGCGCACGUGGAGCCCACGACGCCCUCCACGCCGCACAGCGACGCCGACAUCGACUUCCAUGACGACGAAGAACGCCUGGUGAGAGACCGGAGCUCGUCUCAGCCCAUCACGGUGGAGAUCAGACUGUCUGACAUCGACCUCGCCGACCAAAGCCCUCGCGGGCAAGAAAUCCUCUCGUGACCGCGACGUCGUGCGAGAAUUGGGAGCACUGGGUUCCACUUUUCUUUUUGGGUUGUGGUUUUGUUUCGGUUUUUUUUAUUUUGAUGGCAAUGUUAGCACAAGAUGGCUGCCACAUCUUGAUGUACAAAAAAUCCCAGGCUGAGGCCGUUUACAUGCCUGAAAAUCGCGCCUCUGAAAUUGUGAACUGCUUCUUUGCUUGUAGAGAGCUACGUAUGACUUGUAAAUGUAAAUUAUUGCCGUCGAAAUGACGUUGCUGUUUUUAUAACUGUGGUACACAUGCCGUAGUUAAUGUGCUGAGCCAACAGGUCUAUGAUUCAUGCUUAAAUAUUGCUGUUACCUAGAGAUUUUAUUGUUUCUAUGGUUGAGGUUUGGAGGUUUAAAACGUUUUAUUUUAUGUGCAUUAAACACUUUAUUUGGAUGGGUAAUGCUAAGCUUGUCUCCAGCCAAAAAAAUCUCUACUUCUUUGUGAAAUAUUUGACUGUGAGUGCAUUUACACAACUUUUGUUACAUUUUAUUGGGAAUCUAAAUAAAAUGUUUAUGCCCGAUCCUUGCCGCUGUCAUCACUGUUAAGUAUGCUGAGCUUGCACGGUAUAAUGUAAGAGAACACGCAGAACAAAAUGUACAACUUUUUUGUUAUUUUCAUUUCACCGAGUCAGGUAAAGGCCACUUGUUCAAACAUGUAUUAGUGGCAUUGCCCCAGAAUACAGUAAAAGAAAAAAAUCGCACGCAAAGGUACAAUGCUCAUUAACCACAUACAUUUUUUAUGAAAAGCAGGCUUUUUUUUAAACACUCCUAAACAAUUUUUCUUUGUAAUUGCUAAAAAAAAUAUAUAUAUAGAUUCCCAAGACACUGCGCUUUGGGUUGUUGGACCAAUUCUUGAACUGCUGUAGCUCAAGCAAGGCUUUGGGCUGCCAGGAUAAACCCCCACACUUGCAAGGGGAUAUCACUCAAAACUAUGGGGAGAGAUCAGUAAGACUUGUAAUUGUAAAUUAUUGAGAACAUUGUUAUUUAAUUACGGUCUACAUGCCAUGUUGUGUACUAAUGACCAGACAGAAAUGUUUUUUUUUACAAUAAACACUAAUUAUAAAA